CAAAACCCAAACUCUUGUUUCUCUUUCGGUGUGCAUGUUUGGUGCCACACUCCCAAAUUCAAUAGCUCCUUCUCUAGCCAUGCCUGAGGCUCCAAAGCACUUGCACCUUGAUGAUGAUCAUGAUAGUAACACUACUAGCAUCAUGAUCAUGGACAACAAUAAGAGAGCACUAGAAUACAUUGAAGAGGUUACCAUCAAGGCUGAUGAAAUUCAAGAGAAGGUGCUUUCGGAGAUCCUUUCUCGUAGUGCACACGCUGAGUACCUCCAACGCCAUGACCUAGAUGGGUGCACAGACAGAAGCACUUUCAAAAAGCGUAUCCCCGUCGUCACUUACGAGGAUCUAAAGCCAGAUAUUGAUCGUAUAGCCAACGGUGAUACCUCCCCAAUUUUAUGUUGCAAACCCAUAUCAGAGUUUCUCACUAGCUCUGGAACUUCCGGUGGGGAGAGAAAACUGAUGCCAAGCAUCGAAGAGGAGCUAGAAAGGAGGUCAUUACUCUAUAGCCUCUUGAUGCCGGUGAUGGAUCAGUUUGUUCCCGGUUUGGACAAAGGCAAAGGCAUGUACUUUCUCUUCACAAAAUCCGAAGCCAAAACCCCUGGUGGACUCCUUGCUCGUCCAGUUUUAACCAGCUACUACAAAAGCCCUCACUUCAAGCACCGCAAACACGACCCUUACGCAAACUACACCAGCCCCAACGAAACCAUUCUCUGCCACGACUCCUUCCAAAGCAUGUACUCUCAGUUGCUCUGUGGCCUCUGCCAAAGCGAACAAGUUCUCCGCGUUGGCGCUGUCUUCGCCUCCGGCUUCAUUCGCGCCCUCAAGUUCCUCGAACACCACUUUCUUUCUCUCUGCAACGACAUAAGAAAUGGUACCCUAGACAACAGGAUCACUGACCCUUUUGUGAGAGAGGCUGUCAUGAGAAUUCUCAAACCUAAUCCCACGCUCGCGGAUUUCGUUGAAGGGGAGUGCGUGAAGGGGUCGUGGAUGGGGAUGAUUACUAGGCUUUGGCCUAAUACUAAGUAUGUUGAUGUUAUUGUUACGGGCACCAUGUCUCAGUAUAUUCCUGUGUUGGAUUAUUAUAGUAAUGGGCUCCCUAUUGUGUGCACCAUGUAUGCUUCUUCUGAGUGCUACUUUGGCUUGAAUUUGAAUCCGUUGUGUGACCCUAGUGAGGUUUCCUACACCCUCAUUCCUACCAUGGCCUACUUUGAGUUCUUGCCCCUCCACGAGAUCGAUGGACACAGUACUAAUUCCAUUUCUCACGUGGAGCAAGAACGUUUGGUAGAUCUUGCAGAUGUGAAGCUGGGUCAGGAGUAUGAGCUUGUGGUCACCACUUAUGCAGGACUUUAUAGGUACUGCGUUGGUGACAUACUCCGCGUAGCCGGAUUCAAGAACAAGGCUCCACAAUUCAACUUCGUGUGCCGAAAGAACGUGGUUCUCAGCAUUGACUCUGACAAAACCGACGAAGUUGAGCUACAAAACGCUGUCAAAACUGGAUCUCACCAUCUUGCUCGAUUCGGUGCAUCGCUUACCGAAUACACAAGCUGCACCGACACCUCCACCAUCCCAGGCCACUACGUUCUCUACUGGGAAAUCACCACCAAUUCCCAAACCCCACUUCCCUCUUCCGUCUUCGCUGAUUGUUGCUUUUCAAUUGAGGAAUCACUAAACAGCGUUUAUCGCCAAGGAAGGGUAUCAGACUCCAUUGGACCCUUGGAGAUCAAGCUCGUUGAGAAUGGCACCUUUGACAAGCUCAUGGACUUUGCUCUCACCCAUGGUGCCUCCAUAAACCAAUACAAGACACCUCGUUGUGUCAAAUAUCCACCCAUUUUGGAACUUCUAAACUCUAAAGUUGUUUCCAGUUAUUUUAGCCCCAAGUGCCCCAAUUGGCUUCCUGGUCACAAAAAUUGGUGCACUACUCUUCAUUCAAAUUAGUCCAUGUAGCUUCCCAAUGAAUUUGUUUCGAUUGUGAGAUUAGCUCGCAAAAUUAAACCCACUCCAGUGUAGUAUUCAUGUUUUAGUAAUAACAUAUUUUCCAUGGUAUAAAAUAAAUUAAUUUGUAUA